GACGACCAAUUGGAGCAACCUAACAACAGUAUUUUGCCCCUCUUCGAUUUUUGACAAUUCGUCGGAGAUUUUGCAGCCGAUCACUUUCCGGCGGGCCAUUGUGUUGUCCCACAUCUUCUUUUUCAUCUUCUUCAAAAUCGAAGGAUUAGCGCUUUAUUCCACUUGAAUAUACAAUAAUGGCUGAAUUCUUCUUCUAGGGUUACUGAAAACCCUCCCCCCUUACUGAAUUCAAAGAGACAGGGAGGGGAGAGAGAUGUCUCGCCAAGCGACGACGACCGCCUUUCAUAAGUCGAAGACCCUGGACAACAAAUAUAUGCUUGGAGAUGAGAUUGGGAAAGGAGCAUAUGGUCGAGUUUACAAGGGUUUAGACUUGGAGAAUGGAGAUUUUGUUGCAAUAAAACAAGUUUCUUUGGAGAAUAUUGCUCAGGAGGACCUCAACAUUAUCAUGCAAGAAAUUGACUUGCUUAAGAAUUUGAACCACAAAAAUAUAGUAAAGUAUCUUGGAUCCUUAAAGACAAAGACCCAUCUUCAUAUAAUUCUUGAGUAUGUGGAGAAUGGUUCACUUGCAAACAUUAUCAAGCCAAACAAAUUUGGGCCAUUUCCUGAAUCAUUGGUGGCUGUUUAUAUAGCUCAGGUUUUGGAAGGCUUGGUUUAUUUGCAUGAACAGGGGGUUAUUCAUCGGGAUAUUAAGGGUGCCAAUAUUUUGACUACUAAAGAGGGUCUUGUUAAGUUAGCAGAUUUUGGGGUUGCAACAAAGCUAACAGAGGCAGAUGUUAAUACACAUUCAGUUGUUGGCACACCUUACUGGAUGGCUCCUGAGGUGAUUGAAAUGUCAGGAGUUUGUGCUGCAUCUGAUAUAUGGAGUGUUGGUUGUACUGUAAUCGAGCUACUUACUUGUGUGCCUCCUUACUAUGAUCUUCAACCCAUGCCAGCUCUCUUUAGGAUUGUUCAGGAUGAAAAUCCUCCAAUUCCAGAUAGCCUGUCACCUGGUAUCACAGAUUUUUUACGCCAGUGCUUUAAAAAGGAUGCUAGACUGAGACCUGAUGCAAAAACACUUCUUUCUCACCCUUGGAUACAAAAUUCAAGGCGUGUUGUAUUGCAGUCUUCACUUCGCCAUAGUGGUACACUCAGAAACAUAGAAGAUGAUGGCUCAGUGGGUGGUGCAAAAACUUCAAAUGCAGAUGAUCUAACCACUGUUGAGAAUCUCUCUGUGGAGAAAGUCAAAGAAGUUAAAACAGAGUUGCUAUUGGCUGAAGCUACUCUUGCUGGCAAGUCAUAUGAGGAAAAUGAUUCAAGUAAUGAAAAAGCAGAUGUAUCAGAAGACGAUGUUGCAGUUGCCACUUUAGCUAUUCAUGAGAAAUUACCAUUAGAACCUUCAUCUGUAAACAAUGAAACUAAUCAAGAACAUGCCCAUGAGAAGCUACUAUCAGAAUUAGGUGCCACUGAGGUAACGAUAACAAAUGGUGACUCAGAGUCAAAAUCAAAAACCACAAAAGUCAAAGAAAACGGAAGUUCUGUUACUACUGAAACCAGUUCAACUACUUCUAGCCACAAAGGCCAUGACAACACUUCUCAAAAGUCUGUGAAAGCAUCAAGAACAGUUGGAGGAAACAACGAACUGAGUAAAUUCAGUGAUACACCUGGCGAUGCUUCAUUGGACGAUUUAUUUCAACCAAUGGAUAAAACCUUUGAAGAUCGGUCAGCUGAAGCUUCAACAUCUGCUUCUUCAUCACACAUGAAUAAUAAUAAUAAUCAAGGGAACACAGAUACUGGAAGAGCUGACUUGGCAACACAUUUAAGGGCUACAAUUGCUCAAAAACAGUUGGAGAAUGAACCAGGUGGACAGUCUAAUGGAGGAGAUAUACUUCAUCUUAUGAUGGGUGUUUUAAAAGAAGAUGUGAUUGGUAUUGAUGGCCUAGGGUUUGAUGAUAAACUACCUGCAGACAAUCUUUUUCACCUGCAAGCUGUUGAGUUUGGGAAAUUAGUUUCUUCAUUGAGACCAGAGGAAUCAGAAGAUGUGAUUGUGUCAUCGUGUCAUAAGUUAACUGUUUUCUUUCAACAUCGCCCUGAACAGAAACUUGUUUUUAUGACCCAACAUGGAUUACUUCCUCUUCUGGAAUUGCUUGAGGUUCCUAGGACACGGGUGCAGGUUAUAUGCUCCGUGCUUCAUGUCUUGAAUCAAAUUAUCAAGGAUAACACUGACUUUCAGGAGAAUGCUUGUCUAGUUGGACUUGUACCUGUUGUUAUGGGGUUUGCAGUGCCUGAUAGAACAAGAGAGGUUCGUAUGGAAGCAGCUUACUUUUUGCAGCAACUUUGUCAGUCAAGCUCAUUGACAUUACAAAUGUUUAUAGCAUGCCGUGGGAUACCUGUUCUUGUGGGAUUUCUGGAGGCUGAUUAUGCAAAAUACAGGGAAAUGGUCCAUCUAGCUAUUGAUGGAAUGUGGCAGGUAUUUAAGCUUCAAAGAUCAACACUUAGGAAUGAUUUUUGUCGAAUAGCUGCAAAAAACGGAAUAUUACUGAGGCUCAUAAAUACCCUUUAUAGCUUAAAUGAAGCAACCAGGCUGGCUUCCAUAUCUGGUGGAGGUGGCUUUUCAAUGGAUGGUUUAGGUUUAGGUUUAGCCACCCGAUCAAGAUCCGGUCCAUUAGAUUCAAGUAGUAACACUUUCAUGCAAACUGAAAGUGCAGCCAAUGGGAUGGAUUAUGUUGACCAUGUCAAAGUCAAACACGGUGUAACAACAGAUCAAUCAUCUUCUCAUUCACCUGAUUCAAGAUUCUUCACUUUAGACAUUGAUAAACAUCAUCAUCAAUCAAGCAACACCAGUGCUGAAGCUCCAUUUAAUUCAAGAUCACCAGAUUCGAAUACAGUGAAGGAGGAGAGGGGAGAUGGUUCACAAGAUGUUGAACAUAAACAGAGACUUUCUAAUUUUGGAAGGUUGUCCACUGAUAGGCCUAGGAAAUCUAUGGAUGUUGUAUCAAAUGGGCAAGAAAAUGUCCGGCCUCUUUUAAGUCUUUUGGAAAAAGAACCCCCUUCGCGACACUUUUCUGGUCAACUUGAAUAUGUUCGCCAUUUGACUGGAUUAGAAAAACAUGAAAGUAUACUCCCACUUUUGCAUACUUCUAUUGAAAAGAAGAACAAUGGGCUCGAUUUCUUAAUGGCUGAAUUUGCUGAGGCUUCUAGUCGUGGAAGGGAAAAUGCUAAUAACAAUGAGUCGAUGCCUAAAACUCCACAUAAAUUAGUUAAUAACAAAAAGACGGGGGUGGUGGGGUCCAAUGAUGGCGGGGGUGGGGCGUCCACAUCAGGAAUUGCAUCUCAAACAGCAUCAGGUGUACUCUCGGGUUCCGGGGUUCUCAAUGCUAGACCAGGGAGUGCCACGUCAUCUGGACUUUUGUCCCACAUGGUGUCCCCAUGGAAUGCUGACGUGGCGAGGGAAUAUCUUGAAAAAGUGGCGGAUCUUUUACUUGAAUUCGCGGGUGCUGACUCAACAGUGAAGUCGUACAUGUGUAGCCAAAGUUUACUCAGCCGGUUAUUCCAAAUGUUCAAUAAAAUCGAACCCCCUAUUCUAUUAAAGCUCUUAAAAUGCAUCAAUCUUUUGUCCACGGAUCCACACUGUUUGGAACAUCUACAAAGAGCUGAUGCCAUUAAACAUCUUAUCCCAAAUCUUGACCUCAAAGAUGGCCCUCUUGUUUCCCAAAUUCAUCAUGAGGUCUUGAACGCACUAUUCAAUCUAUGCAAAAUUAAUAAACGGAGACAGGAACAGGCAGCAGAAAACGGAAUAAUUCCACAUUUAAUGCGUUUCAUAAUGUCGGAUUCUCCAUUAAGACAAUACGCAUUGCCUUUGUUAUGUGAUAUGGCCCACGCAUCACGUAAUUCAAGGGAACAGUUGAGAGCGCAUGGUGGAAUGGAUGUCUACUUAAGCUUACUUGAAGACCAGCUUUGGUCUGUAACAGCUUUGGAUUCAAUUGCUGUGUGUUUGGCACAUGACAAUGACAACAAGAAAGUGGAACAAGCUUUGUUGAGAAAGGAAUCUGUUCAGAAGUUGGUCAGAUUCUUUCAGUGCUGUCCGGAACAGUUUUUCCUUCACAUAUUAGAGCCAUUUUUGAAAAUCAUCACGAAAUCAAUUGAGAUAAAUAAAACACUGGCUGUUAACGGGUUGACACCGUUACUCAUAUCGAGACUUAAUCACCAGGAUGCUAUAGCACGACUCACUCUGCUAAAAUUAAUUAAGGCUGUAUAUGAACAUCAUCCACGUCCAAAGCAGCUGAUUGUAGAGAAUGAUUUGCCUCAAAAAUUACAAAACUUAAUUGAAGAACGAAGAGAUGGGCAAAGCUCUGGUGGUCAAGUUCUGGUGAAGCAAAUGGCCACCUCACUUCUUAAAGCACUUCAUAUCAAUACUGUUUUAUGAUUCAUUUGAUUCGGUCUUGAGUCUGUUUGACUUUUCACGUGUAAAUAUAUAAUUUUUGGUGUGUCAUGGGAUGUAAUUAUUUAUUUUGAUUUUUGUUUGUUGGAAUCACGUUCUCGUGUUUUGGUUUGGUUUGGUUUGUGUUUGAUUUCAUCUUGUGUAAUCUGUACCCUAG